AUGAGCCCUUUGGCAGGCACCGAUUUUAAUUCAGAAGUUUAUCAUUUAAGACUGCUUUUGUGCAAUCGCACGGAUGUAACUGGCUUUGCUGAAAUUAAAACGGUAGAAGGUCACAUCCAUCCAACGUUAAAGUCCGCGUGUGCUGCUUUAAAUUUAGUAGAAAAUGAAGAGGAAAUGAGUCUACUCAUGGACAAUUUAGUCUUAGAGCAAUUUCCAAGCACUAUGAGAAAGACGUUUGCCAUGCUGCUUGCUAAUGUUAACCCUAUCAACCCAAGAGGUUUGUGGGACAAUUACCGUAGAAACUUAUCUAAGGAUUACCUUCAUGAGAUCGAGGACGAUGACGACUUGGCUUAUCAACUUGCUCUAAGGGAUAUUGAAGAGAUUCUUCGUGAAUUUGGGAAAACCCUUUCAGACUACCUUCUUCCUGAACUUGACGAUAAUGUUCUUGGCCGCCGCAACUUCGAACCUGACCAGGGAGACGUCAUUCUGAAUCCUGCGGAAGCCGAUAAUGUGAUUCGCGGACUUAACAUUGACCAACGGCGCUUCUUUGGUGAUGUAAUGGGAGCAGUAAGCCAUGAAAAUGGAAAGAAGUUUUUCUUCCUUACCGGUGCUGGCGGUACGGGAAAGACGUUCACUUACAAUGCCUUAAUAGAUUACCUGCGAUCUCGGGGCAGAAAGGCUGUUGAUGCCGCUUAUACUGGCGUCGCUGCGAAUCUUUUAAAAGGAACGCUGACAAGCCAUAGGGCGUUUGGUCUUCCUUUUGAAGACGAAGGUCUAGGCCUUCACGUCUUGGACAGAUUUUUACGCGAUGUAAUGCGCAAAGAAGAGCCUUUCGGUUCAAAAAUAAUUAUUCUAGGUGGUGACUUCCAUCAAAUUUUGCCUGUCGUGCCCGGGGGAAGUAGGGCAGACAUAGUUGACGCGGAAGUGACUUCUUCUAGUCUUUGGCCGCUCUUUGAAAAAUACACCUUGACCAUAAAUCAAAGGGCACUCGAGGAUCUGGAGUAUGCCGAGUGGCUUCUGAAGGUGGGUGAUGGAACUGCCAACGAAAAUGAUUCAACAAGGAUCCACUUGAAGAAAGACAUGGUCGUAGAUGGCAUCCACAAAUUAAUUAAUCACUGCUUUGGAAAGGAUAUCGACAAAGAGGAUGCACAUGAUGCAGCAAUUUUGUGCCAAACAAACGAUUCCGCCAGUUUUGAAAUUAGAUUGUGUUUCAAAAUGGUUUCUGCCUCUCACUCUAAAGAUGAGCUUGCCGAUUUCCUGAGAACAUUCCCUCAAAUCAAGGAGGAUACUAUUACUGCUUUGCAAGGUUAG